CCGGGAUGAUAGAGGGGCAAUGACAGCUUGAUCAACAACAAGACAUUUACACAGAACAGAUCAAUAAAGUGUCUACUCACACGUGGUGUCUGCGUGUCCCUCCUGUUCACCUAGCAGCCCCUCACUGGAGAGAAGUCUGAAGGAGGAGGGCUCAGUCUCUCUUCCCCUGCCCAGCCAGCCACUAUGGAACCUUCUCUGCAGAAACCCACAAUGAGCUGUGAUAGUGGACUGGUGGAGAGGAACAUUGCUGGAGCCAGCUGACCCUGCCAAGCUAACCUCUAUGAGUGUUUGGCUCUUUUACCACUUCGGCGUCCCAGCCGACCCAGAGGGGAUGUGGGACAGUGGGGCCGUGGAUCCACCCGAGGAGGAGGGCCGCACCUUCAUGCAGGUUCUCAGCGAGAAGUACAGCCCGGAGAACUUUCCGUACCGCCGAUGGCCCGGCAUGGGCAUGGUGGUAGUGCCAACUCUCCCACAGGGCUCGCCCUUGAAAGAUCGUUUGAACCUUCCCAGUGUGCUCGUCCUGGCUGGCUGUGGAAUCAGCCAUGCGGGAGAGCAGAGAGAGAUCGCAGCCUUCUGUGCCCACGUGAUGGAGCUCGACCUGUCCCUCAACAAGCUCCAGGACUGGCAUGAGAUCAGUAAGAUUGUGUCAAACAUCCCCAACCUGGACUUCCUCAACCUGAGCUCCAACCCGCUAAGUGAGGUUGUCUUGGAGCCUAGCGGUGCUAAGGCCUUUGCCCGAGUCCGACGCCUGGUCCUCAACAACACUCAAGUGUCCUGGAACACAGUGCUCGUACUAACACGGGAGAUGCCUGAGCUGGAGGAGCUGUUCCUGUGCCUUAAUGAGUACACCACCGUGUCAGCCUCUACUGUGCCCUGCCCCACACUGCGCCUGCUGCACAUCACCGACAACAACCUGCAGGAAUGGGCCGAGGUGCGCAAGAUUGGGCCCAUGUUCCCCGGCCUGGAAACUCUGGUCAUGUCCAACUGCAACCUGAGCUCCAUUCAGGACUCAGAAGAAAUGCUGCGGCGCCUCUUCCCCAACCUACGCAGCAUCAAUCUGCACAACUCAGGUCUUAACCGAUGGGAGGACAUAGAGAAGCUGAACCAGUUUCCUAAACUGGAAGAUGUGAGGCUGCAGGGGAUUCCCUUACUGCAGACCUAUACCAACACAGAACGCCGGAGCCUCAUGGUAGCACACCUGCCCUCUGUAUCAUCGCUCAAUGGCAGUGUGGUGACGGACGGGGAGAGAGAGGACUCCGAGAGGUUCUUCAUCCGUUACCAUGUCGACUACCCAGAGGAGGAGCUACCUUACAGGUAUCACUGCCUGGUGACCAAAUACGGGAAACUGGAACCCUUGGCUGAGAUCGACCUUCGGCCCCGCUGCCACGCCAAGGUGGAGGUGCACUGCGAGGACAAAGUGGAGGAGGUGAGUAUCCGCCUGGACCAGACCGUGGCCGAGCUGAAGAAACAGCUGAGGACAGUGGUGCAGCUGUCGGCCAAUCAGAUGCGUCUUUACUACAUUGACAAGGAGUGUGUCUUUGGGCCGGAGGAGAUGAAGUACCACACCAGAGCCCUCCACUCCUACAGUAUCCAGGACGGGGACGAACUCCUGGUGGUGCCUAAGGCUGGCCGAGGGACUACCACCACUGCCAAACCACUAUCAAACCUUAACUCCAAAACCUUAACUCCCCCGCCAUAAAAAUAGAAUUACUAGAACGGUCCACCUAUCAUGGCACAUUGACUUGAAUGGGGAUGCAGUUCUAGUAAUUAUAUUUCUAUGCUCAUACCCUUCCCCAUCCUACUCUUGUCUGAAGAACUCCCUGCACCCCUCCUUAUGCCCAUCCUAUGUUUUACAUUCAGUGUGGGACACACUAUCAGGAAUAACAGCGACUCUGACUCUGAUUGGCUUGUGUUUCACCUCACAGCACCACACAUGCACACACACCAAUUAAUCAGAACGAAUGUGUCUUGUAUGCUUCCCUCUGAAGGUGUGCAUAUUAUGUGUGACUGAGUCCCCUCUUCGUCUUGGUGUAACGCCUCUGCCCUUGACUCCUAAAAAGUCUAUAUUUCGGGGGAGGAGCACAGGAGAUAUUGUGGAAUACAACCACAGUAUCUUUUAUCUUUAAGACAAUCUCUCAUUUGCAUACCCUGUGGUGUGCAGAGGAUGUUGAUGAAAGGAUAUGGUAUACUGCUGUGCCACAGACUAUGUUUCGAGUGUACUAGGUUGAUUGUACUGUACCUAACGGAAGUCUUCAUCGCGCUGUGUCAUUCCACUUCCUCACAAGACCGAGCCAUAGUUUUUGAUGGGUUAUUCUAAGUUAGGUUUAGUUCUUCUACGUUUAGUUCAGUAAGAUUAGUAUUUUUGGAGGAUACUUGAUAUUCAAACUCAAAUCGUGCUGAGUUUUCAAAUUGUCUUUCUUUGGCCAGAUGUAUCGUAGUGUUUAUAGGAUAUUGAUGCCUCUGACUGAAAUCAUUGAUGUACCAUAGAGUGCUGCAUGAGACUGUUCUUUCCUAAGUAUGUUUUUAUGUCGUUUGUGUUGAUCCUUCCACUGUCUGGGACCGUCCGUACAUGUUAAGCCUAAAUUACGUUUGAACACCUAUUGACACGUUUGCUUCUGUGUCAGAGCCAAAGUAUCUCAAGUCUAUUGCAGACAGAGGCUUUGUGUGUUCACCAAAGAUUUGUAUGAACUCUGUGUACUGUUCAUUGCAUUGUUGAUGCAUUUUCCUUGUGUGUAAAGAGGCUCAUGCUUGGUGUUAUUUUUGUUAUUGCGAGGGCAAAGGUCACUAUGUCAGUAGCGGUUGUCUGGGACAGCAGAACUAAGGCAUUGCUUGGUACCUCACAGCUAAGGGACACCGCCACUUAAAAUCCCAAUUUACAGGCUGUUUGUUUCCCUGUUGUAUCUUAAUUUACAUAAUUUGUUGUAUUAUGUCAUCGUCUGAUUUGGAAGACAGUAAAGUAUUGGAAGAUGCACUUAGUAGAGCUAGAUCUCUCUAAAGAUUGGAAAUUAGACAAUAGCAACAUAUUUCAUACCGCUUGUUGUAUUUAUUUAGUCAUUACAACUUUGUAAUAAGCAGUAAGGGUCCGUUAUUUUUGGUAGACAUAAUAUUUCUAUGUCGCUUAGAUGGCUACUUGGUCUACUCUAGACAGCCUCUCUUGGUUAGUGAACCCAUAUUUGAAUGUAGUCAGUAUGCACUGGCAAUCAAUCAAUCAAAUUUAUUUAUAAAGCCCUUUUUACAUCAGCCGAUGUCACAAAGUGCUAUACAGAAACCCAGCCUAAAAUCCCAAACAGC